AUGGAUUCUCCAUCGAGCGCGACGCCGAGCCCGACAAAGGCCCUCAAUCCCCUGUCACCAGACCGGAUGAACCAGCAGAUCGGACUUGGCUCACCCUCAAUGUCAUCGGAUAUUUUCAACAUUCAGCGGAAGACUCCCCGGGGACUCACCGAUGUACAGGCCAAGGUCGCGUAUCUGAACAACUUGUCGCGAGGAAACAGCCCCGCGCAGGGUUCACAGCCUUCAGCAGCAUCUACGGCAGCUCUCCAGCGGGCUAUCCUUGGGCGCGAAGAGGCUGAGUCGGCGUUGGCCAAUGUUUCCGCUCAGCUUUCUGAAGCCCAGUCGCGGGAGCGUCGGAUAAGUGAAAGACUGGAGUCCCUGCUGGAAGAACUGCAAACAACAAAAGAACGCCAGGCCCACGAGCGAUCAAUUUUCGAAAAAGAAAUUAGGAAGGCGAGGAAGGAAGCUUUUCGAGCUGGCUCCGUUCUGGUGAAAACACAGGAGGAGCUGAAAAACGCAAGAAACGAAGCAAAAGGGUACAAGGACGAGGCCCAGGCAGAGCGAGCAGCAAAAGAACAAGCAAAACAGGAGGCUUUCGAACGCGCUUAUGCUAUUGCUGGUCUCACGGAGGAGAUGGAGGUCCUUAAAGAACAGCUACGGGCCGCCGAGGCCAACAACCACUCGCAGAAGCUCGAAGCGCAAGCGCAGCAGAAGAACGAUAUUGGACGAAUUUCGCUGACUGAAGGCGAUUUCAAUCUCUUGUUGACACCUACCCCUCGGAGACCCAAACGUUCUGCUGAGGAAAUAGCCAACCCGCCUCAAGCCAAUGUCGCUGAAUCUUCACCGGUCAAGGAUACACCUCCCAAGAGGCAAAGGAUGUCAGACGUAACUCCUAGAAAGGAGGCCGCGGAGAUCACGACACUCGAUGUACAUGAGGAACAAAUCGCUGAGUUGGAGGAGACCCUCAGGCGCGAGCGUCAACUCAGAGUCGACGCCGAGGGAAUGCUCGAAUUCUUGCGCCUGGAGUGCCAUUUUAAACGUUGCACUUGCCGCUUGGCAGAGCAGAAAAGCGUUCCUCAUACCCAUGAACCGCAAAGCGUGGAUACGACGAAAAAGUAUGAGCUGGAACACCCAAAACAUCACAAAAAUGACCAGAACGCACUUGCUGCACCAGAGGAGCCAAGUCCGUCUCAUACUCCUAAAGGCGAGCCUAGAUAUGAUGUUGACGAUGACGACGACGAUAAGCCUCCGGAGGAACCUUUGAUAACAUUCUCACCUGCCACUGGAACCUUCCACACCUUCCCUUCUCCUGUACGAGGAUCUCCCCGAAAGGCCAACGAGGCUACUGCAAACGACCAUCAGUCACCAGCAGCCUACGCUGAACACGGAAUAGACGCCCGUGUGAUGUCUGGUAGCCCUGCCCCGAAGUAUGGGUCUCUUCAGCGCCAGGCUCCGUUUGAUUCUAUAACGGAUCGUGAAGCUACUCCGAAAGGCCACCCCUCGCCAGCGGUUGUUGAUGUGCCAUGGGAUCCUGUGAUGCCCAUUGGACAUGAAGCCGGCACCCCUGAGAGGCACAAUGACCCCACGAAGGUUCCUCUGCGCGAUGAUGGGGGAUCAAAUCGCUUUUCCGACGUGCCUGGGACACCCAUCAGCCGAGAAGAAGCACUGGCUCAGAUUAGAGCGCGGAGAGAGAGAGCAAACACCAUGAAGAGGUCUGUCAGUGCCAGUGAAAGCGGGUUUCGCUCGGGAGGCAUGGGAGUUACUCCUGUCCGGAGCGCUCGACGGUACCCUGGCGUCCAGAAUCCAGAUGCAAGCGACGGUUCCAUCAGAAGUCGGAGGGAUAUGAGCGCUCCUAUCCAUAUGUCCCACUACUGA